CUCGGACCACUACCCUCCCGCGACUCCGAGCGCGGGCCAUGGCGGCGGUGGUGUGGGCACGGUGCUUCUCUCGCGCGUGGCUCCGCAGGAGGGCCGGACUGGGCUGCGGCCGCCACUACCGCGCCGCGCUUUGCGCCGAGUUGAAGCAGCCCCUGGCCAUUGAGGAGGUCGCCCCCCGCCCUGUCCAGCCUCACGAGGUCAGAGUCGAUGUCCAUUUCUGUGGAGUUAAUUUUGCUGAUAUUUUGGCCUGCUGUGGUCAGUAUCAGGAAAAGCCCCAUCUUCCCUUCACACCUGGAUUCGAGUUUUCUGGGACAGUGUUGGAGACAGGCAGAGAUGUCAGCACAGUGAAAGAGGGAGAUCGAGUUAUUGGCGUUAGUACCUUUAACGGGAUGGCUGAAGAAUGUGUCAUUGACCAGAAGAGACUGUGGCAGAUUCCAGAAAGUGUCCCUCUCCGAGAAGCUGCUACCUUGCCCAUAUCUUAUGGCACUGCUAUUUUAGCCCUGGAGCAUCGGGCCUGUACUCAGCCUGGGGAGACGGUUUUAGUGACAGCAGCAGCUGGAGCCACAGGCCUUGCCGUGAUAGAUGUGGCAACAAACGUGCUUCAGGCCAAGGUAAUAGCUGCAGCCGGCAGUGACGAGAAGUGCAAGCUGGCAAUGCAGAGGGGCGCACAGUCCAGCGUGAACUACAGUCAGGGCAGCCUGAAGGAGGCAGUGGAGAAGCUGGUGGGCAGUGGCGGGGUGAACGUGGUCGUCGACGCCGUGGGAGGAGAUGUCUUCCUGGAGGCUCUCCGCAGCUUGGCAUGGGAGGGCAGGAUUGUAGUGGUGGGUUUUGCUGGAGGCACCAUUGCUUCUGUGCCUGCCAACCUUCUGCUCCUGAAGAAUGUGUCUGCCAUGGGGGUGUACUGGGGCCGAUACCGAGACCAGAACUUUCCCCUCUUCUCCGGGAUCCUUUCCUCGGCUGUUCAGUACUGCCAGCAACGGCGCAUCCAGCCACACAUUGGAGCAGUUUUCAAGCUGGAGGAGGUCAAUGAUGCCUUCCUUCAUGUGACACAGCGCAAAUCCUCGGGCAAGGUGCUUAUCUCUCUUAAAUAAAUCCUCACCUCAGCAGUAAACUCAGCAUGUCCAAAUCCAAACUCAUCAUCUUUCCAAAAAACCUGAUGUCCCUCCUGUGUUUCUAAAGGUGUUACUACCUUCCUUAUUAAUCCAGCUUCAAAAUCUUUCAGAGUCA